AUGGCAGUCUUAAGUGUUUCCACUGAUAGAGAUAAUUUGCAGUUCAAUUUCAUGUCCUACGAUAUCUAUGGCACAUGGGACAGCACGAUUGCAUCUAUCGGAUCUUAUGUCUAUGCUAGCACCAAUCUCACGAUGAUCAAUUCUGGAUUGCAACUUCUCUGGCAUAACGACAUUGAACCUAGUCAGGUGAACCUUGGACUUGGAUUUUACGGCCGCAGCAAUGCUGGACCAUGCACUGAGACCGAGGGUAUACUUUCUUAUACUGAGAUCAUGAAUAUUGUCAACGACUCCUCUCGAAACCCCACUGUCUGGCUUGACUCUACUGCGGCUGUGAAGAUUGCUGUCUAUGAUGAAGACCAGUGGGUAGCCUACGAUGAUGAUGAGACCAUUCAAAUGAAGAUGGAUUUUGCUAACGAGAGAUAUAUGGGAGGAGUCUUUGCCUGGGCUGUCGACGAAGAUAAUGCGGGCGAUCUGUCAGAGACUAUCUCCAACUCGACUGACGUAUUUUCUGCUGAAGGAGAUGGCAAGGUAUACAUCCUCCCUAAAAUCUGGGAUAGUGAUUCCCCUGAAGUCUCCUGUCAGCCUCCUUGUACGUUCAUUUUGCCACCAUUUCCUUUGAAUGAAACGCAAACUGUGACCUGGCCAUCCGUUACCACUCCGGUGAUUGUUAGUGCAGAUGGAACUACUUCCACAAGUACAACAAUCAUCUCCGUUCCAGACUUCGUCGUGACUGGGCUUCCUUUCUGGCCUGUCACUGUCCCCAGCAACCCUACCGGCAUGAUGACCGCCGAGCAGAGCAUUGCACCCCCAGCCAUUACUUUGGUUUUCCCUCCGAACAUAGCGUUGGGUCCAUUAGUAUCGACCAAUUAUUCAACCAUCGGCGUUGGUACGAUUACCGUGACUGUGGAAAACACCGCGACCAUCACCAGCGCCCCUAGCACAACGACCGCGGUUGCAGCCGUAAUAACUACGCCUACUCCUUACCCUGCAAACAUGGAAAGUGGCUGCACAGAGUUCUACCUGGUGCAGAGUGGCGACUCCUGCUGGAGUAUUGAGGAGUUCUACGGUAUUGAUACUUUUGACUUCGACACCUGGAACCCUAAUGUGGGAACAGACUGCGCUAGUGGUGUCUGGCUUGACUACUACUACUGUGUUGCAAAUGAUAACCAGACUUCAUCGUCGGCCACAGUAGUUGGGAGUGAUGAUGAUACGACAAGCAGCACAGAUGAUGACUCCAAGACUAUUAUAUCAUGGGGUUCUACCUCCCAUACUGUCACUAUUCGACCGGGCGCCACAUAUACAGACAUUACCCCCCAAAACACAAUUCCUCCCAUAAAGGUAAAAAGUGAAAAAACAGAUAAGACUGAAUCUGAUGACACGGGAGACGACGAUGACACGGGAGACGACGAUGACACGGGAGACGACGAUGACACCGGCGAUGACGAUGAUGAUACAGAUGACACAGAUAAUACAGAUAGCAGUGAAUGUGAGGGAUGUGGUACAUUGGACUGUGAUAACUGGGGCUGCGAUGGGGAGUGCGGAUUAUUCGGGUGUGAUGGAGGAUGUGGACUGUGGUGGUGUGGGGGUGGCUGUGGACUAGAGUUUUGUGGCCCUGGCUGCGGCUCAACAGGUGGUUGUCUAGUGGAGGGUGGCGGUGGUGGCACAACUGAAGACACACCUGAGGUUUCCGAGGAUGAGGACUGUACUUCCAUGGUGACAGCAACCAUAUGCACAGUCCUUGUGCAGACAAUCUCGACAAGUGGAAUGACUUCUGCAACUGUUAGCUCCUCCACAUAUUGUGGCCCGACUGAAGGAUGUUCAGCCACUCCAUCCACUACGACAUCGACCAUAACCACCACAGGAACCUACUUAACCGAGACCAACAGCUUCAUGUAUGUUUCCGAGCCUGUGGAAGAUUCAUCUCUGCUAGAUGCAAUCGCCAGCAGCAUUGUGAGCCGGCGGAACGCCAUGGAUGCCACCCGCUGGGGAUCGGUGACAGCAACUGGCACCAGUGCUAGUAGCUCCUCCACCAGCGCUUCCUCGACCAGCACUUCUUCUGCCAGCACUUCCUCUACCAGCACUUCUUCUACCAGCACCUCCUCUACCAGCACGGAGGACCAGAGCACGAGUACUUCGAGUAGCUCAUCCAGCAGCGCCACAAUUGAGGCCAAUACUCCCCCAACUUCCGACUACUACAAGCUAAACAUGUACUCGGAUAGUACUUGCGGGAGCUAUCUCACCGACGAUGAAGGAAGUACAAGCGAUGUUGGCUGUAUCGCCUGGGUAACCUCCGGCGGCUCCGCUGUCUACCCUCUUUGA